AUGAGCCUGAGCGGAAACGAGGGCAAACGGAGCUGGGAUGCACCACAGCAGUGCAGGUUCCGUAUCAGAGCAUAUCGCUUUGUUCAAGUAAUACUAUUUGCAAUCAAUGAAAUAAACCAUAAUAAGAAGCUAUUAACAAACAUUACACUUGGAUUCAGCCUCUACGAUGGCUGCUUUUCUGAAAUCAGGGCCCUAGAGAGCACACUCCGCCUACUGACAGGACAGCAGCAGGCUGUUCCUAACUACAGCUGUCAAUCGGGUUCAUUAAUACCUGGAUUUGUUGGAGAUGAGCCAGGACAGGCUGCUCUUCCUAUGGCUAGGGUCCUAGGAAAUUAUAGGUAUCCACAGAUAAGCUAUGCUGCAACUCGUUCUGUGUUCAGUGAUAAGAUCCAGUUUCCCUCUUUCUUCCGUACUGUUGCGUCAGAUGUAAAUCAGGUCCGUGGUAUGGCUAAAAUGAUGAGGUACUUUGGAUGGAACUGGGUAGGAGUCAUUGGUGCUGCUUCUGGCAAUAAUGUAGAAGCUGUCAUGACUUUAAAGGCUGAACUUUUGAAAAAUGGUAUUUGUAUUGAGUUUCUUGAAAUUCUUUCCCUAGACAAUAUUUAUAACAAUGCCGGUCAGAUAAUUGAGAUAAUCAGGAAAUCAACAACGAAAGUCAUUAUAAAUUACGCAGUUGUUCAGUAUGCAGCCCCUUUCAUCGAAGAGGCUUACAAACAGAAUGUUACAAAAAAGCUUUGGAUUGCAUCCACAUAUUGGUCGAUUUCUCCAGAUCUGUCAAAAAAGAUCAAAGAUGUUCUCAAUGGUUCAGUUGGAUUUGCAGUGCACAGAGGCCUAAUCCCAGGCUUCAAUGAAUUCCUUUAUAAUAUUCAUCCCAGCAAAUUUCCUGAUGACCCUUUUGUGAAAAGAUUUUGGGAAGAAGCAUUCUCGUGUAAGUGGCAACACACUGAAAUGCUACAGUCAUCAUUAGCUAACCCAAGGAGUGAUGUAUCUCAAUGUACAGGAGAGGAAAAACUGGAGACACUGGACACCACAGUGUUUGAUGUGAAUAAUUUCAGAUUUACGUAUGGUGUUUACAAUGCUGUAUACUCAUUGGCACAUGCCUUGUAUAAUCUGCAGAAAUGCAUACAGACAGAAGGGCCUUUUAACAAUGGCAGCUGUGCAACACUCAGGAACUUCCAACCAUGGCAGGUAUUGCACUAUAUGAAGCAUACAAGAUUUGUUAACAGUGGUGGUGAAGAGAUAUUUUAUGAUGAAUACGGUGACUCCCCUGCAAUUUUUGAUAUUCAGAACUGGCAGAUACUUCCUGAUGGUUCUGGAAGAUAUGUCAAGAUUGGUGUGUACAACUCCAGUGCACAGUCUGGUCAAGAACUUGUAAUCAAUCCUGGUGAUAUCCUUUGGGGAAAAGACUUUCCAGUGACUCCUCGCUCUGUGUGUAGUGAAAGUUGCCUUCCAGGACAUUGGGUGACUGUGCAGAAAGGAAAGCCACAUUGCUGCUUUGACUGCAUUCCUUGCCCAAUCAGUGAAAUUACCAACCAGUCAGAUGCCACCGAAUGCAUAAGAUGCCUAGAAGACGAGUGGCACAAUGCAAAACACACAGACUGCGUGCCCAAAGUUGUAGAAUUUCUUUCAUAUGAAGAACCUUUAGGAGUUUCUUUGGCUUUUUUUGCAGUUUGUUUUUCAGUGGUUAGUACUUUCAUUUUGGGCUUAUUUGUUAAGUAUAGAGACACUCCAAUUGUAAAAGCCAACAAUCGUGAAGUCAGCUAUCUUCUCUUGCUAUCCCUCUGCUUAUGUUUCCUCUCUUCCCUCAUAUUCAUUGGACAUCCUAAGAAGAUGAGCUGUUUGCUGCGACAGACAGGAUUCGGCAUCAUAUUUUCUAUCUGUGUAUCUUCCAUUUUGGCAAAGACCAUUAUUGUUGUCAUUGCUUUCAAAGCGACUGUGCCCAACAGCAAUCUAAGAAAAUGGAUUGGACCAAAAACACCAGCUACAAUUAUACUUUUCUCCUCACUAAUUCAGAUUAUUAUAUGUGUUGCCUGGAUUACUAACAAUCCACCUUUUCCAGAGAUAAAUAUGAAAUCUCAAGAUGGAAAGAUAAUAAUACAGUGUAAUGAAGGCUCCAUCACUAUUUUCUAUUGCAUGCUGGGAUAUCUUUUUUGCCUGGCAUCUUUGAGUUUUGCUGUUGCAUUCCUUGCAAGAAAUUUGCCAAACAGCUUCAAUGAAGCAAAGUUUAUUACUUUCAGCAUGUUGGUAUUCACCAGUGUUUGGGUUUCUUUCAUUCCAGCUUACCUUAGUACAACAGGGGCAUAUAUGGCUGCAGUGGAAGUAUUUGCAAUAUUAGCUUCAAGUGCUGGUUUACUGGUCUGCAUAUUUUUCCCAAAGUGCUAUGUUAUUUUAAUUAGGUCAGAUCUCAACUCCAAAGGAAUCCUUGUAGGAAAGGAAACUGUAGAGCUCAAAAAGUAA